AUGAAACUUUUUGGAUUAUUAGUAUUGGUAACAACGUUUCGACAAAGUUACAGUAAUGUGUAUGCGGAUUACGGUUAUUCGAAUCCCGAUAGUUUUGAAUAUUUAGGAGAUUAUGGUUAUGAGUAUGGUUAUCCUGGUAUCCAGUAUGAAGGUGGUACACAUGGUAUAUCCUCAAUACCCGAUUCUUCUUUUGAAAAUACCGCAGGUGAAACCAUUGAAGUCCCAAAACAGUUUACAAAUCCAGAAACUUCUCACGAAAUUGCUUCCCAUUCAGGACUUGAAAUAUCAUCGCUCCCAACUACAAACCAAGAUAGUUCUGCUUACGUUCCUCACUAUCCUGGUACGUCUCAAACACAUCACGUCCCUCAACAACAUCACGUCCCACAACAUAUAAACACGGGAAUGACCAAUCCAACAACUAACAAUGUACAUGUGAACCAGAAUAAUCAGCAAUAUUACCAUGGCCAGGUCAAUGUCCCCUCACAAGUACCCGCGAAUCCCUUGCCUUCAACGAAUACACAGAAUGUUAAUGCAUCUUCCUAUUACGUCGACCAGUAUGGAUAUUACAGGCCAGUGCCGGCCUCGCCUUCAUCGCCUUCCUCACAACAUGCACAAGGUAUCAUAUUUGGAGUAGGUUCAGGCGAGCAGACAUCCUCCCUAGAAGUACAAUCACCAACAACUAAUCCUGCAAAAUCGUCAGAAGUACCGGUUUCCGACUGGGUAAAUUAUAUAAAAUAUAAUCCAAGUUCUAUUCCAUUUGAUGGCAAAUAUCCCGCUCAACGACAAAGCUCUUCAGAAAUCGCCAAUACACAACAAUCUGUAGAGCCGUUGGUAAACAGUCAGUCCGAAGAAUCAAGUUCCCAUGAAAUACCAACACAAGAACCGGCAGUCCCAACUAUACAACCUUCAACAACGACGACGGUCGCACCAAAUGAAGCUGGUAGUAAUGAGAACGCUAACCAGGGAGGUGGUGGAGAAGAGGAAGAAGAAGAAGAAGAAGAAGGAGAAGAAAGUGAGUACUUUUUUUAUCGAUGUGAUAGCACUGAUCUGUAUGGAACUGUAUAUUUUCGCUGA